AUGGAGACUGCGGAUGAGAACGAUGGCAUCCAGAGUUUCCCUGACGGCGGCUUUGCAAUGGACUUCUCCGUCGAGAUCGAGGAAGAUGUGCCCGCUCUCGUAGAGGAGAUGAUGAGACUAGGGACCCUAGGCUACUUCGUCGAGGCGAGAAAACUAUCCGACAAGCAUCUUGUUCGGCAUGCCUCCAUCUUUGCAGUAGCUGCCGAGCGUAUGAGACUCCUGCUUAUCCAGGGAGACAUUUCGCAACUGGCCAAGAUGUCGUACGAAACAGAGGGAGCAGAGUUCGAUUUGCAGCGAGCUAUCGUGAAUACAAUGUUUCUGAUCGCCAACGUGCACAUAAGCCCUGCCGCUCUCCGCUCAAAAUACGAAUUAUCCUCAUCCAUCGAGAGAUUGGAAAAUCUAUCGCUGCGAGAUGAUGUGGAUGAGGCAGAACUGCUGCUCAAGUCGGUCCUCGAAUUGCAUAGAUCGAAUCCCACAUGCAAUAUGCAGGACGAACAUCAGAGGUUCCCACUUUUGCAGAUAUCAUUCGAGCAACAUCGACGCCUCAUGAAUAUAGCUCAGCGACUUGUGCAAUCUCGUCACUACUGGGAAGCUAAACCCGCCCUUGCCAUCUGUUGCCGUUCGUCGUGCAGCUACGGGCUCUCCGACAAUGGUGCUACCCCUGCUUUGGCAUACAAUUUCCUACAACUUGCCGAGAUUGCUGAGAGCUGUGAUCAGACUACAUUCGAAGGCCGGUCGGCCGCCAUCGACAUGUCACAGACCAUUUGUGACGCUGCCCGAGGCUGCGUGUAUUACGAUAAACGAGGUGAAGUGUUCCCCCCGACAAAGGCUGCCAUCACAAGACUGUUACGCUUUCAGAAUAACAUCUUAGAACGCGCAGCACCCACGGAGGACUACGGUCCUCGCUGUCACGCGCGACUCAUCUCAAUAGCGACCAAUCUCAGAGCCAUGGAAUCACUCUCGCCGGGCGGGAUGCCUCUGUCGAGAUGGGACAUCGAAGGCGCUGUGGAGGCUCUCAACUCUGCAAAAGAACAUGAAGAUCUCUUACUUUCGCGUUCCGCAGAGCGAACGCUGACAUGGAGCUCGGAGAGGAAAGCGUUCGAAUAUCUCCUCUAUGCAUAUUCCAACCAUGCUGUUACAAUGCAGGCCCCUCACGUCAAGGUGAACCUGCUUCCGUGGCCAUAUGCGGCCCCAGCCGUGGCGCCGGGAGCAGACAACAUGCGGCAAGACCCGAGGAGCCUAAGCAAAGAGCUCUAUUUGGUUCAGGAGCAAAGCUCGUCUGAGAAGACAACGACGUCGUCAAGAGACUCCAAAAAAAUGAGGCUGGCAUAG